AUGGAUCCAGUGAAAUUGGAGCUUUCCGUUGACGAUUCACUUUAUGCUCCGGGUGACUAUGUGACGGGUACAGUCCGCUUGAAUGCUCCUUACGAUGUGCCCGGUGAUCGGCUGACGAUCAGAUUCCAGGGGAAAGCUAGCGUUUGGUUUCAGGAAUAUGAGAAAACCCAAACGUACAGAGCGGAGAGAAAUUUCGUUGAUGAGAGCGUUGAAUUGUGGCGAUUCGUUGCAGCCGGGGAGUUGCUGGGAAUGCACGGGAAACCGAGCUCAUCCCUCAAUCCAAACGUUUCCCCAAUGAUCACCAGCUCGACGGCGAAACGUUUCCGUUUCCGAGUGCCUUUCCAAGCCGUCACUUCAUUCUCAUAUCCGAAUUCGCCUGCAAAUGUCAAAUACUUGAUUAAGACUGAGCUGAGCCUGUUCGGGGAUGUUUUGUACGCGAGCGAGCUGCAAAUCCCGAUCGUUUCCCCGACAUCGAUUCCCCGGGCGCUGGCCGAGAAGAAAUUCCUUCAUCAGAAAACUUUCUCAUUUGCCAAGAAUCGAUCUGUCGAGGUUGAAUGUCGAAUUGGGAAAUCGAUCUUCACUCCAGUCGAGAAAAUCCCUAUCGAGUUGAAAAUCACGAAUCGAUGGAAACAAUCAAUCAAAUACGUGCAUGUGAAUAUUGUGAGAAAGCUGGAGUGCGAGGGAGCGCUCGAGAAAUAUCCGGAAGUCCAUCUUCGGAAUGUUUACAAUCACGAUUGUACAGGAGUGGGUCUCCCGCCGAGUAUCCCGAAAAUCCCGAUUAACGACUCGCUCACCUUCCGCCCCGAUCUCAAUUUACCGGCGUUGACACCGACGUUUGCCGUCGACGGCUUAAUGAAACUCGACUAUUACAUAAAGAUCUCGAUCGGGCGGGCGCACAAUUUCGUCAUCGGCGAGAUGAAGCUGCCGAUCACGAUUGUGACAUCGAUUUGCGACACGGAUUUGAACGAGAACGAGGAAAACGAGAGCGACAAGGAGAACCACCUGGAUCGAGAUGUGCCAUUGAUCGACUUCUCGACACCGUCCCCAUGCAAUCCUUUCCUGAACCCCUUCACUGUCGACUUGUUGGCU